GGCGCGCGCGCGCGCACCCCAGGGUCUCAGGCCGGCCACGCGACGACUUCGAUGUCCUCGAGCCACGCUGUACCGUAGGUUGCUAUGGGAAUUCCAUAUAACAGCAGGAAAGGACAAACAUUCCAGUGAUGUUGAUGCUUGAGAUGUAACUGGCCUGAGGAGCAGAGAGUGUGAACAGUUCUGUGGCAACCUCAAUUUCACUGCGAUGGCUACAGAUUCGGGGGAGCCAGCAAGCACCGAAGAUUCAGAGAAACCUGAUGGGGUCUCUUUGGAAAACAGAGUUCGUCCAGUGGCUGCCGCAUUGACAAUGGAGAUUAGGCUGAAGGAAAAUGCUAGGGCCUUCUCUGCUUCUGGGGAAACCUCUGAGAGGAACAGGGUCUUCAGGAAGAGCAUGGAUAUGAUGGACAAUGAGCCAGGCUCCAACUCCUUCCCUAAAGAACAGAGUGUCCAGGGUGCCCAGAGAACAGCUCAACAUGCCACAAACAGACUGGGCAGGGGACAGGAGGCUAGUAAACAUGACCGGGGGUCAAAGCCAAAUCCUGAAGCCCCCAAAGACUGUUGCAAGGAGAAGAGCGAAAAAGAGAUGGAGGAAGAAGCAGAGAUGAAGGCGGUAGCAACUUCCCCCAGCGGCCGCUUCCUGAAGUUUGACAUUGAGCUGGGCCGAGGAGCCUUCAAAACAGUGUUUAAAGGGCUAGACACAGAGACCUGGGUGGAGGUCGCCUGGUGUGAGCUGCAGGAUCGGAAACUGAGCAAAGCUGAGCAGCAGAGAUUCAAAGAAGAAGCUGAGAUGUUGAAGGGUCUUCAGCACCCCAAUAUAGUCCGAUUCUAUGACUCUUGGGAAUCCAUAGUGAAAGGGAAAAAGUGCAUUGUUUUAGUGACUGAGCUCAUGACAUCAGGCACUUUAAAGACGUACUUGAAACGGUUUAAAGUCAUGAAGCCAAAGGUGUUAAGGAGCUGGUGCCGGCAGAUUUUGAAGGGUCUGCAGUUCUUGCACACGAGGAUGCCACCCAUCAUCCACCGGGAUUUGAAGUGUGACAACAUUUUCAUCACUGGCCCAACUGGUUCAGUGAAGAUCGGGGACCUGGGUCUAGCCACCUUAAUGCGAACAUCAUUUGCCAAGAGUGUGAUUGGAACCCCAGAGUUUAUGGCUCCAGAAAUGUAUGAAGAACACUAUGAUGAGUGUGUUGAUGUCUACGCCUUUGGUAUGUGUAUGCUGGAGAUGGCGACUUCCGAAUAUCCAUACUCUGAGUGCCAGAAUGCUGCUCAGAUCUACCGCAAAGUAACCAGCGGGAUCAAACCAGCUAGUUUCAACAAGGUGACUGAUCCAGAAGUAAAGGAGAUCAUUGAAGGGUGUAUCCGCCAGAACAAACGUGAAAGGUUAUCCAUCAAAGACCUCUUAAACCAGGCAUUUUUUGCUGAAGACACAGGGCUGAGAGUGGAGUCAGCCGAGGAAGACGAUGGUUUCAAUUCUUCCUUGGCGCUAAGACUCUGGGUUGAAGACCCUAAGAAACUGAAGGGCAAGCACAAGGACAAUGAAGCUCUGGAAUUCAGUUUUAAUUUAGAAACGGAUAUCCCUGAAGAAGUGGCCUAUGAGAUGGUAAAGUCUGGCUUCUUCCAUGAGAGUGAUUCCAAAGCAGUUGCCAAGUCCAUUCGAGACCGGGUUGCUUUGAUUAAGAAGACAAGGGAGAGGAAGCAGGCUGGCUUUGCGGGGGAAGAACGCCGAGAUUCCCAGUGCAAGCCUCCACAGCAAAGCACUUCUCAGCUAGCUGGGACCGAGUGUGAAGAGACUGAGGUUGAUCAGCACGUUCGACAGCAGCUCCUUCAAAAACAACAGACUCAGCCACAUCACUGUCCUGCCUCAGUUCUUGCUGAUGGUCUACCUGAGGCAGGAGUUGGGGCAGUCAAGCAUUCCGAUUCUUCGAGUCAACACACCAUGGCCUGCUGCCCAGAUGUGACAGUGGUUCCUGCCAAAGCGUCUUAUGUUCCCCAGACCAAAGCCCAACUUCCAGGGCACCUGUACCCGCCCCAGCAGCUGGUGGGACAUUACCAGCAAAUGCCAGGGGUCCAACAACACACAAACCUUGCCCAGCCCCAGAUGUUUCCACCAGUAGCUGUCCAGCAGUUCUCCCAGAGAAUGGAACCCCAGCAGACCUUUGGAGCAGAUGGACAGGCCUCAAAUCCACUGACGUUGCCCUCUUCCCAGCACCCCGCAGCGGGCAUCCUGCUUGAUCACAGCCCUCGGAAUGGAAGUCAGAUGGUGGGCCUGACACUGGACACUGAGCAGUCUUCGAGCUUCUUGCCAAAUCCACCCCCUGCUCAAUAUCUGACUAGCACCCAGGGUGUUCUCAGGGCAGCCCAGCAGCUCCCAGCCUCUCUGGCUGGCCAUCCGGGGGCACAACUUGCUGCCUCCCAGCUGCCUUUAGUGUCCCAAGCACACUCGGUGGUCCAGCAGGAUUCUGGCCCUCUUUGUGCAGGGCCAAAGCCUCACUGCUACCCGGUGCCUUGCCCACCCCGCCCAGUGGCUUUGUUGAUGAAGGCUGCGCAGCCAACCCAAGAUGCUGGGCUCCAGGAGCCUGAUGCUCAGAGGGUCGUGCAGCAGCCAGAAGGCGAUGGGAGAGGAGGCCUGAUUUCACUUGGUGAACAGCAGCACAUCUUUGUAGUGAAGCCGUCUGAGCAGCUGCCUUUCCCCAGCUAUCCUGUGCAGCCUUCUUGUUUGGUUCCAGCUCCAGAGCAGUCCCCUUACCCUGUGCCACCCAAGGCACCAUAUGGUACGCCACCCACUUACACUAUCCCCCUACCUGCAGUGCGGUCCCUCCAUUCAGCUUCACUUCCUGGACAGCCUGCAGCAUAUCACACCCAGCCUUCUUACCUGGAGAAGCCAGCAUAUGUCAUGCAAGGGACUUACACUGGGCGGCCUGGAGAUCAGCCUCCUUACCCUGUCCUAGCCCCUGAGCGUUCUUCACACGCAGGGCAAGCAACUUCCUCCCUCCAGGCCGUGGACCAGGUGACGUACUUGGGCCACCAGGCGCACUCAGCCAGCUCUAACCCUGAGCAGCAAGCUCCAGAUGAACAGCAGUCAUAUGGCAUGCUGGCCUCAGAGCCCCAGGCAUGUCUAGGCCAGCCACCAGACGACCCUUUGGCUGUUCUGAAGGUGGAUGUCAGUUUGGGGAAUGAGCAGCUCAGAGGUCCACCUCCUUCACUGGCCACUGGCGCUCCGAGGGCCAGGGAGGGCCAAUCACAUCCCUUCCCGAAGUGGCCUCUUCCCCUGGCCUCACUGCAGCAGAGUGGCCUAAGUCCUUUCUCAAAAUCCACAUUCGCUCCAAAUCAGCAGGUAGUUCACCCUUCUUAUCUACCAGCAGUGCCGCCCCAUGAGCUCCUGACUCCUGAAGUUUCUCAGAGUCAGCAGCAACUCUCCUAUGGCCAAGCUGGCUCCUUCCAGCAGCAGGCCCCCAGCCAGACCCAGCAAGCACCAGCUCUAGUUCCCCACUUGCCCACUGAGUGCAGUCAGAUUCUGCUUUGCGAGAAGCACCAGCCACAGUGGCAGCCACCAUUGAGCCCAGCGCCUGUCUCUGGGCCAUCAGAAUUGCAGCAGCAGCAGCAGCAGCAGCAGGCUCUUUACCAGACUUCAGGGGCAGCACGUCCCAAACAGCCACCCCUGCCUAGUCCAGCACAGGCCUCACUUCCUGCCCGGGGCAUUCCUGUCUUGCAGGCCCAGCCACAGCAUCAGGCUUUAAAAGGCCAAAAUGUUCCAAAGAGCUCACAGCCUGGAACCCAGCCACCAGUAGGAGACCUACAAACAGCCCUUCCGAAGGCAGAUUUAGUCCGAGGCCCUGGUGCUGAUGGAGCAGCGUUGAAGGAUGGGACCAGUGGGUCUGAGAACCUUGCUGGCAACGGGAAACAGGAUCGGAUGAAGCAAAGGAGGGCGUCGUGUCCUCGGCCGGAGAAGGGGCCCAGAUUUCAACUGACUGUCCUCCAGGUUUCAAUGUUCGGUGACAACAUGGUGGAGUGUCAGCUGGAGACUCAUAAUAACAAGAUGGUCACUUUCAAAUUUGACGUGGAUGGAGAUGCUCCCGAGGACAUCGCCAACUACAUGGUUGAAGAUAACUUUGUGCUAGAGUGUGAGAAGGGGAAGUUUGUGGAAGAAUUGCAGGCAGUUGUGUGCCAUGCCCAGGAGGCCCUUCGCACCCUCCCUGGUGGGGAGUCGGCUUCAUCAGAAUCCAGCAGCUGUCAAACAGGAUCAUCCGAACAAGCACAGAUGAAUUCUGCGCUCGCUCAAGGCUGCACUGACUCUGCUCCUCAGUCCUCCCCAGUUGGUCGCUGGAGGUUCUGUAUCAAUCAGACCACGCGCAAUCGCGAGCCCCUGAGCCUUCCUGAGUCACAGCUCCUUGCUGAUUUAGGGAACACUAGCAACAAAGAACUCUCGCAGGAUACGCUUCUCACUGUGGCAACCAGCCCACCCCAGGGUGAGCUUUUGGCAUCCACGCCAGAACCCAAGGAUUUAGCAGAUGGUAAGACUUCUGAGCAUGCUGGUCCUGAAACUGAACAGCUAGCCCAUCCUCAUCAGGCAGAAGAGAGCAAGAUGCCAAUGGUCCAUUCUGCAGGGAGUUCACAGGGCCCCGCUGUUUCAGUACAUCCUGCUCAGAUUGAGCUUGGGGAGUCUAUCAGCCGAGUCCCUGGCACACGUCUGCCUGCGUAUCCAGGACGCCAAGCUGAGGACCACCUGGCUUUAGGUGUUUCCCACCCUGGAGAGUCAACUGCAUUCACCGAGAGCUCAGUUCCACUACAGGUGUGUGUGUCUGAGCCAAGCCCUCAGUCCUCCUCAGUGCAGUGGCCACCUGGGUGUGGCACCUUGGCCUCUCAAGAGGGGGCAGCCUCCAUGUGCAUGGAGGCCACUUCUGCCCCUCAGUUGGUCACACUUGCUCAGAGCCCAGGCCUUGAUCCAGCCCCUCUUCAUCCCUCCUCCGUGCCUGAGGGAGAUGGUGAAAGACCUCCAAAAUUAGAAUUUGUAGACAACCGCAUUAAAACCUUGGAUGAAAAAUUAAGAAACUUGCUGUAUCAAGAGCACAGCACAUCUGGUCUCUGCCCCGAGAGUCAGAAGGACGCCACAAACCUAGAGUCUCCAUUUUCUUCUUCCUCCUCGGCCGAGGAGAUGCUCUGUGGCCCUGGGCCCGAAGUUCUGUGUGCGGGGUAUCGCCGGAGACAGGGCAGCCUCGCACAAUGGGCCAGUGCACAGCAGGCCAAGUCUGAGCUUCUGUCUCUCCCUGCUGUGGCUCAGCCUGCUCAUGUAGCCGUGCUCAAAAGGGAGCCAGUCAGUGUGACCACCUCGGUAUCCAGUGAGUUGGGUUUGCAUGAGACGUCCCCCGAUGCUUCCCUUCCAGGGGACCCUGAAGCCUACCCUGCUUCCGUGUUGAGUGGUGGCAGCGACAGCGGCUGUGGUGGUGGCAGCAUCUUCCAUCUGCACACAGGAGUGGAGAUGGAGAUGGAGAUGAGGUCCAAAGUUGCUUCAGCCCCACUGCCUCAGGCAGGAGAAUCUGCGUUUCUCAAUAGGUGCAUAGCAACUGGCUCAUUUCAGCGGGGCAGGUUCCAGGUUGUCACUGUACCUCAUCAGCAGGUGAAUAAAGUUGCUUUUUGUGACAGAGACUGUGUGCCCACAACCAAACAGGUCCUGACCAGUCCUAGCAAAGAUGCUGGAAAGGAGACUUGGCUUCCUUCGGCCACCCCCAGUUCUCGUCCUGAACCUCACAAAGGUGACCAAGGCUUGAAAGAAGGGGAAAACCUUUUGUCUGUCAGCACAGUAUGUGACACUGAUCUAGCCUCUGCUACUGAGAGUAGUGCACAGUCUGGGCCUGAGCCCCCCGGGGGAGCUGUUUGCACCCAGCUGAGCUCAGAGAGUGAGUCUUCUGCUCCUCUCGGCCCCUCAGAAGAGUUGGUGGGAAGUCCCAGUGAAGAGAACGGCUGUUGCUUACUAGUCCAAGAAGAAUUGCCCUAUGCUCAGACCCAGAGUGCACUUUUCUAUUCUCCAUCCUCCCCGAUGAGUAGUGACGAUGAAUCCGAAAUCGAAGAUGAGGACUUGAAAGUGGAGCUUCAGAAAUUACGGGAAAAACACAUUCAGGAGGUCGUGAGCCUUCAAGCCCAGCAAAAUCGGGAACUCCAGGAGCUCUACAGUCGCCUCCGGUCCCUUAAAGACAGCAAAUCAGAAUCCUCCGAGCUGCCUCUGCAGCCUGCAUCCCCUCGUCGCCCGAGGUCGUUCAAAAGUAAACUCCGAAGCCGCCCUCAGUCCUUGACCCACGUGGACAAUGGUAUUGCUGUUGCUACAGACCCAGUGUGUAUGGCGAACAGCCCAAUGCCUUGUCAGCAGUCGCCGGCCAGCAAGAAAGGCAUGUUCACCGAUGACUUGCACAAGCUGGUGGAUGAUUGGACAAAGGAAACUGUGGGAAAUGCUCUCAUUAAGCCGAGCCUGAACCAGCUCAAAGAGAAUCAGCACAGAUUGGAGACAGACAACUGGAACAAAGGCUGUGAGAACACUUCGUCUACGGUGGCUUACACAUCAGCCUGGACCUCAUCUCUCUCCCAAAUCCGUGGCCCAGUCCCAGCCACCUUGCCACAAGGAAUCUCCCUCCCAUCCUUCCCUGGAGCCUUGCCUUCUUACGGAGUGCCACACGCCUGCCAAUUUAACACCGUGGGCGCCGCUGGCUACCCAGUGCAGUGGGUGGGAAUUUCAGGAACGGCUCCGCAGCCUGUAGUGAUCCCCAGCCAAGCGGUGGGCCCUUUCCAGCCUGGGUUGAAUUUGUCAGCUUUUCCAGCAGCCCCAGUGCAGAACUCGGCCCCGGGCCCACCUGGGCCCAAAUGAGAUCACUGGUCAGGAAGGCCCCCUCCCUCUCCCUUCUGCCAAGGUGUGCUUGUCAUUCUGUAAGAUGUGCACUUUGUACAGUAGGUGCUGCGCACAGGAAUCAUUUUUCACUCCAGACCCUAAUUCCUCUUUGAUACUUGACGUUUUCUAAAAUGCUGGUCAGAAUGCUUCAGGAAGCUUGCCUUUUGCAUCCCCAC